UUUACUCGUCUCUUUUUUUGCGGUAACGGCGUUUGAUUCUUUUAUAUACAUUGCGUAAACGUUCAUUAAAUAAAGCGCAGCGUUCCGUCGUUAAAGGCCUAUACAAUGAGAGGCGGCGAUUUCAUGUCAGAGUCGAACGAAAGCGUUUGACACUAUCAAUUGAAGAAAAUGGUAAACGAAGCACGAUUUAAACGCUUUUGAGUACGAUUUGACAGGUUUAAAACAAGAUGAACAGUUUACAAUUAUCACAUUCAAUCUCGGAAUCUUAUCGAGUAUGGAACGACCUUCUACAUUACACUAUAAACCUCCGAGUAUGGAAGAAAAUCGUCAAGACCUGCAAUAUUUUCCCAAUACGGCUGUAUCUUCGACAACGUCGUCGUCUUAUUACCGAUAUUCGCCGCCUUAUUCUCCUAAAGCGAUAACGCCACCUCAGCAAGAAUCUCCUGCUAAUUUUUCAUCGACGCUCAACUCGGUCGGCUACGGAACGGAUAGUUACGCGUCGGCCAAUGGAAGUUCGAACGCUAUCGAUCUAAGUGCCUUUGCCCUUCAAGCUCACAACGAAGCGAACGAGGAAGAGAACCACCAUCUUCAUCAUCAUCACCACCAUCACCUUCAUCACGACGAUCUUAACGACGAUUCCCACCAUCAGCCUCAUCAUCAUCACUUUCAUAAUAAGAGUAAGGACAAUUCAUCAAGUGGUAUAUCUAGUACGAGCGGAGAAGAAAAGAGAUUACAAGUCGAUCAGGGAGCUUCUUCGAGAGAAGAAGUAAGUAAUAGGUCAACUGAAAAACCGCCCCACAGCUACCUAAGAUUAAUAGCCGAAGCCCUAUUAGACGCCCCAGAGCAAAAGUUAAUACUAUAUGAUAUAUACAACUACAUUCAAACCAAGUACGAAUAUUAUAAUAACGAAGAGAAGGGUUGGAGAAACUCUAUAAGGCAUAACUUGUCUAUAAAUACGUGCUUUGUAAAGCAGAAUAAGCAUAGGACUGGUAAAGGACACUAUUGGGCGUUGCAUCCAUCUUGUAUUGAGGAUUUUAAGAACGGCGACUUUUCAAAAAGUUAUACGGCUAAACGUGUUAGAAGACGGAAACCGGCAGCUCCAUUAACAUCUACACCCCGUAACCGAUACGAAUCAAUGCCAAUGAAUUACGGAAGGUUUUCACCCUACGCAGUUCCACCUCCAAACUUUCCAAAUCUACCGCCAACAUUACCUCCGUCAUUACCCAAUCCAUUCUAUCCAACACACGAUACUAAUAAUGCAACAUGGGCGUUGGCCACCCGAUUUCCACCUCAAUAUUUUGAUUAUUCAACACCAAUUGGGGACGCCGCCUCGGCCGCACACGCCAAUUAUCAAUCGUAUACGUGA